UCUAAACAGCCAAUCAGAAUUCUUUACUUACAACAGCGUCAGCCGUGUUUGUAAGAAUUACUCACCGAAAGAUAUAAUGACAGUCGUCAGCACGAAUGACAACAACGAGAUUUCCUUCUAUAGAUACAGACAAUGGAUUAAAACAUAUGCCCUAACAAUGAGAGCUGGUUCGAAAAUUUAUAAUUCAUUCCUGAAUAUAGGAAGUCCUUCAACCUGGAAAGUGGACAAAUGCAAUGGUACCUUCUGUCCUAACUUCUUCCGACAUCCCUUCCUUGAUUUCUGGGAACAUCUUCCAAUUGAUGAGGUAAAAGUGGUAAUCUAUAAAAACGAAAUCGCUUCGGUAACUAUGAUAUUUGAUGGACGAAAUACAACCCUUAAAACCUGGUUCUCUCAGAAAAAUUUGAAAAGUUCACCAUGGGACGACCUAGCUUCCGCCACCAAUCUGUAUUUCUCAAUGACGUGAGUAUAGAAAGAUCGUCUCUUCCAUAUAUCGAAAA